GACAUGGCUGAUUAGUCAGAGGACGAAGACACUCCCUAUUGUGGACAUGUUGCCCCACUCAGAUGAUCAGAUGUGAGAUCCAGAGCAACAAACUUCUAGUGUGGAUGGUUGGAGAGGAGCUGGAGAAGACUGUGGAGAAGAAGCAGACAGACACGUCAGGAGAUCGAGCAGCAGAGGCACGGCUGUAGCCAGGACCGACAUCAUGAGCCACUACAGCGACAGGUCCUUCUACAACCCGGCCUACCACGACAGUGAGACUCUGGAGCUGGACAGAAGACCCCCCUUCAAGCCCCGACACAGCAACCCCUACGCCCAGGACCCGCCCCCCCCCUGGCAGGCCGCGAGGGCCUCGGCGGUCUCCACGGUGACGGGCCCCAGGGCCAACGCGGACCCCUGGGAGGGAGGCGCGGGGGGGGGCCUGAGGGCCCUGGGAGCCCUUCCCUUAGGGCCCCGGCCGUCACAACACCAGGACCCCCCGUGGCAGCGACAGCCCGACCGCAGCUCGGUCCACGGCGAAGGGUCCUUCCACGAUACCGCCGGUCUGUCCCGCUUCCCCGCCACCUUCUCAGCCAACAUGACGAUGCGGUUAAGGGGAAUGAGGAGAAUGAGCAUGUUUCCAAACGGAGACCCCUCCCACCUGUCAAUCACAGAGGGCGCCAUCAGGAACGAGCUGGAGUACGAGGAGCAGAACUUGGUGAAAGAGCUGAUGGCCUGCUCCACAAAGGAGCGCAUCGAGGGCAUCAGGAAACUCCCCAUGACCUACCAUGAGAAGAAACACAUCAGGAACAGAGUGCUGGCCUCCAAGUCGUCCAAGAAGUCUCGCCACCUGUCCUGCCUUGCAGACUGCUCUGAGAGCAUGACGUUGUCUCUCCGUAGGUGUGCGUCGGGCGUGGCGGCGGCCAGGCAGGCCCUGGACCUAUGGCAGGGCACCAUGAAGGAGGUCGGGGGCUCCUUCGGCUCCAGCGUCCUCUCCUACUUCCUGUUCCUCAAGUCGCUGCUCCUGCUCAACGUCUUCUCCUUCGUCAUCAACUUCAGCUUCAUCACCGUCCCCAUGCUGGCCUUCGACCACGUGCCCUACGUGCCCCCCAACGUGACCUUCCGAGGCCUGGAGCUGCUCACUGGAGCGGGCUACUUCAACUACACGGUCCUGUACUACGGGGCCUACAGGGCUGACUCCUUCACGGGCCUGCUGCACUACAACAUCCAGCUGGCCUACUUCUUCACCAUCGCCGCCUACAUGGUGCUGUGUGGAGUGGCCGUCCUCUACAGCAUGGCCAGCUCGUUCAAGAUGAACUACGUCCUGUCUGACCCGGAGAGUAUGUCAGAGAGGAGCCAGGGGACAAGUCUGACCCCCGCGGAGAAGAUGAGGCACUUUGGCAUCCACCUCGGUGCCUGGUUCAUCUCCACCAGCAUGGCCGUCGGCUGUGGGAACGCCAUCUACUACCUCAGCCAGUACGAACAGCAGCAAGCGACCAACACGGUGGCCUGGUCUCUGGCCCGCGAGGCCGAGACGCUGCUGGUGCCCUUCGUGGUGUCCCUCAUCAACCUGGUGGUCCCCCUCUUCUACUCGCUCUUCAACAAGUUUGAGUUGUACUCCAGCCAGCGGAGACAGAUCUACGCUCUGAUCAUCAGAAAUGUGAUCCUCAAGAUGUCCAUCCUGGGCAUCCUCUGCUACUUCUGGGUCCACGAAGUGGCCCACAAGUUCUUAUGCUGGGAGUCCAUGGUGGGCCAGGCUCUCUACCGCCUGGUCGUCUUCGACUUCUUCUUCAUGAUGUUGGGUUCCUUCUUCGGAGAGUUCCUGAGCAAGGUGAUCGGGACUCGAUGGAUCCCAGGCCUCGGGGUCCCAGAGUUUGACGUAGCGAGGAACGUUCUGGAUUUAAUCUAUGCUCAGACGCUUGCUUGGAUUGGGAUCUACUUUUCUCCUCUGCUGCCAGUCCUCCAGAUCUUCAAGUUUCUGGUUUUGUUUUACCUGAAGAAGGUCAGCCUGAUCCAGAACUGCCAGCCCCCGCGGCGGGUGGGCCGGGCGGCGCAGAUGAAGACCAUCUUCAUCGCGCUCCUCUUCUUCCCCUCCUUCGUGGGCUCGCUGUCCCUGUUGGCGUACACCUCCUGGAGCCUGACCCCUUCCCAACUCUGCGGUCCGUUCAAGGGCCUGGACAGUACCUUCAGUGUGGUGGGGGUCUGGAUAAACAGCCUGGAGGGGGUGCCCGCCGCCGCAUGGGCGGUCUGGGUCUACGUCAACGUGGUCCGCAGUGAGAUCUUCUACUUCCUGGUCACCAUCAUCAUCCUGUUCAUCACGUUCGUUUUCUGGCAAGUCACCCAAGGUCGCAAGCUACUCAUUCUGCUACUGAGGCAGCAAAUCGUUAAUGAAGGAAAAGACAAGACCUUCCUGCUUGACAAACUUCAGGCUCUUCAGAAAUCUCAUCCCACUCAGCAUCCAAAGUCCAAGAUCAAGAAACAGCGGCGUUCCGGCGGCUCCUCGACGGGCGUGCGGUCUAGCUCCAACGCCAUGGUGCAGACCUUCCUGUCCGUUGAGCAAGGCAGCAGAGGGGCCUACCCCCGGGAGCCCCCCUCUCCCUCCCACCUCUCCAUCAGCUUCCAGAGGACCCCCCUCCCGUCGGAGCGCCAGUCCCCCUCCGACGCCCUGGGGCUGACCCUGAGGGCGGGGCAGCGGGCGGAGGUCCACCAGCCCUGGACCCCCCCCGCCUCAGACCCCCUGGUCCAGCCCCCCUGGACCCCCCCCUCAGCGGACCCGCUGGUCAGGGUGAUGCGGGCUAGGGACGCCUACGAGGGACCCCCGGUCCCCCUGGACGGCGGGACCUCCUCCGGGGUCAUGAUGCAGGUGAUGGAGGCCAGGAGGAGGGCGGAGGGGGGCGGGGGGCGGGGGGGCCCAGAGAGAAUAGGGCCCGGCUCCUCCAGUGCGCUGAUCCAGGCCAUGCUGGCCCGACAGCAGGCGCAGAACGAGUACGACGACGGGUACUGAGCCCGCCGGGCUCCAUACCAACUACCAGCGCUGGGGACUAGACUCUCCGGGCUCCAUACCAACUCUACCAGCGGUGGGGACUAGACUAUCUGGGCUCCAUACCAACUCUACCAGCGGUGGGGACUAGACUAUCUGGGCUCCAUACCAACUCUACCAGCGCUGGGGACUAGACUAUCUGGGCUCCAUACCAACUCUACCAGCGCUGGGGACUAGACUAUCUGGGCUCCAUACCAACUCUACCAGCGCUGGGGACUAGACUAUCUGGGCUCCAUACCAACUCUACCAGCGGUGGGGACUAGACUAUCCGGGCUCCAUACCAACCGUACCACAAUAGGCCGAAAGGGGAAGAUGGGAGAUAUGCAGAAGUCAAUGAUUUCUGUUUAAAUCUCACUUUGCAAUAUAGUUCAAAUCAAUAGUUAAUUAGUUAGUUCAUGUAUAUUCAUCUAUAAGAACACAGAGAGACGGUCUCAAAUGCAUUUCUAUGAAGUUAAUCAUUUCUGUUUGUGAGCGAAGAACCAUUUUGAUAAAUCUCUUCAUCCAUUUAUUUAUUUACCUAAAUGGAGCAACUUUUUAUAAGAAACUCAUUAAUGAAUUAAUCCUAUUUAUGACCUAUUUCUUUCUUGCAAUGAAGGCUUAUGCCUUUGCAGGAUGGGAUUAAUGUUUCCCUAAUUAGUCAUGUUUUUUAAAUGAAUGAUAAAAAAUGCUUUUACUGUCCAAUUAAAAAGAAAACAA